AUGCCUAACCCGAUAACAUCAUUAUAUGCUGAUCCGAUUUAAAAAAAAGUCCAUUGGACUCGUUAAUGGGCCUUUAACUUAAAGCACGUGUUUCUCACAUCAUAUCACACGAACGCGCGUGUACCUCACACCAUAACACCCGAGAACCACAUACAUUCGCGUCCCCACCAAGAGUUUCGAGUUUCAGUAAAUGUCUUUUACCUUUACAAAUUAACCGGCAAAAUUAUCGCCAAACUUUAUCAUUUCCCUCGCUUCCAAGGCUAACUUUUAGUGUACAUUUCCCAUUAUACCCUUCAUCUUCCUCAACAAGCUUUUUUCUUUGAUAAAAAUUCUCCAACAAGCUUCUCGAAAACCAACAAAUUUCAAACCUUUUUAAUAUUUUCCCUCCUCUUAUUUCCGUCUCCUCGACAAAAAUUCAAAAACCCCCAAAAACCCUCUAAUCUCCAGUAUAAAUUCUCAUCCCUAGAUCUCAUAAUUCAUCAAUCAAAUCAUCUCUUCAAUCACUUCUCUUCUUCAAUCAAAUCUUCAAAGAUGCCUUCAAUGCCAGAAGAGCCACUUCUAACACCAACCCCAGACAGAUUCUGUAUGUUCCCAAUUCACUACCCACAGAUCUGGGAAAUGUACAAAAAAGCCGAAGCAUCCUUCUGGACCGCUGAAGAAGUAGAUCUAUCACAGGACAACCGCGACUGGGAAAACAAUCUCAACGACGGUGAACGUCACUUCAUCAAACAUGUCCUCGCUUUCUUCGCCGCAUCUGACGGAAUCGUAUUAGAGAAUCUCGCUUCUCGAUUCAUGUCCGAUGUUCAAGUCUCGGAGGCGCGUGCUUUCUACGGUUUCCAGAUCGCGAUUGAAAAUAUCCACUCGGAGAUGUAUAGUCUCCUUCUCGAUACUUAUAUCAAAGAUAACAAAGAGAGAGAUCAUCUCUUUCGUGCCAUUGAAACGAUUCCUUGCGUCGCGAAGAAAGCUCAGUGGGCGAUGAAAUGGAUCGAUGGAUCUCAAACUUUCGCCGAACGAAUCAUCGCUUUCGCUUGCGUCGAAGGUAUCUUCUUCUCCGGAAGCUUUUGUUCAAUCUUCUGGCUAAAGAAACGAGGACUCAUGCCUGGACUAACAUUUUCCAACGAAUUGAUCUCACGUGACGAAGGACUACACUGCGAUUUCGCUUGCCUUCUCUACACACUUCUCAAAACGAAGCUUAGUGAAGAACGCGUGAAGUCAAUCGUCUGCGACGCGGUCGAAAUCGAGAGAGAGUUUGUGUGCGACGCGCUUCCGUGCGCGUUGGUUGGGAUGAACCGUGAUUUGAUGAGUCAGUAUAUUGAGUUUGUUGCGGAUAGGCUUUUGGGUGCGCUUGGGUACGGGAAGGUGUACGGUGUUACAAAUCCGUUUGAUUGGAUGGAACUUAUCUCGCUUCAAGGAAAAACUAAUUUUUUUGAGAAACGUGUUGGUGAUUAUCAGAAAGCUUCCGUUAUGUCUAGCGUUAAUGGUAACGGUGCGUUUGAUAAUCAUGUCUUUUCUCUCGACGAAGAUUUUUAAAGUGUUUUAAUAUUAUAAUACGAUUCUACCCUUGUAUUAUUACCGUGUAUUAUCUUGGUUUUUAUUUAAUGAAUGAUAAUUAGCUUUUUUUUCUAA